UAAAGAUGCAAAGGAUAUAGGUAUGGAUGUUAUUGUCAUGAGAAAUACGGUAGUCACGUCAUUAAUUUUUUUAAUUAGAUUAGAUUAGAUUCAACUUUAUUGUCAUUACACAUAUACAAGCACAGUGUAACGAAAUGUAGUUUAGGUCUAACCAGAAGUGCAAUUAGCAAUUAAUACCCCCUUGGUUAUACAGAAUGCCUUGUGUGGAUUUUUGAAACGCAUAAAGAAUGAUAAGAACAGGUGUUUUAGUGUCCAAGACAAGGUAGGGAGUGAAAGAGUAAAUAUGGAAGCAGAAGAGAUGACACUAUUAUAUCUAGGCUAUAGGGCACACCAGACUAAACCAACAUUUGCACAUGAUAGGAAAAAGUGACACAAGCGGGUGUGAGCACUGUUGGGUGACAGGAACAGUGGAUCAUGUGUUUAUACAUUGUGAGGUAUAUAGUAGUGAGAUAUAUACAGUGAAAGAGCUCAAUUUGUUGAAGAACUCAAAGAAUUGAAAGUCAAACUAACAAUUAAAGAAUCUAAAAAAUAUCUUAUUUUAUUAAGGUUUCUGAGAGAGUCACGUUUCUUACACAGAAUUUAAGGCUGUAAAUCUUUUUGUUUAGAUUAUAAAGUCUGGUAGUAUUUUCCACUUCCUCCUCCUUGGUCUUCACACUCCAUCCCAGUAGGUGGCGGAAAUGCACCAAAAGCUGGUUUGCCAACCGCCAUUAAACGAAAGAAUGAAAGAGAAAGAGAAACGAAUUGUGUCUGAGGGUUUAAGCGGCAAACACGAACUUUCAUGAGAGUUUUAUUUAGUUUUCUGCGGCGAACUAGUAAAAUGAAUUGUCGUUUGGACCAGAUUUUGAUCGACAUCAUGUCACAGAAGGUCGAGAUCUUAACUCCGUUUGUCAACCUCCAAUAAACUCGAGAGAAGAAGAAGCUGCUGCUGUAACACGUGCGCGUGCUAUGGACCAGACAAUUCGUUUCUUAUUUUAUUAAAUCUCAGUUUUAGGAGAAAAUACAUAAUGCUCGGUUACAUUAUUCUAUACGUCAAAGCGACUCGUCUCAUUUUCGUCGGUAUGUUAGUGUCUGUCUGUCGAUAUUCUCAAGUGCAAAACUUUGUUUAUGGACGCAGCGGCCAUUAAGUGAAUUGAAGAUCAAAGAUGAGGACGAUGUCUUUACUGUUUUUUAUAAGUUCUUUAUUCACUAACGUGUUUGUGUCUUCAGGUGUGUUUGGUGAUGAGACUGAGAGAGUCUCAGUGAAUGAUGGAGGAUCUGUGACUCUACACACUCAUCUUACUGAACUACAGACAGAUGAUGUGAUAGUGUGGAGGUUUAAAGGCGAUCGCAUAGCUAGAAUCUACAGAGAGGUCAACAGUGAUCCAGUUUAUGAGCCUGAUGUGAGAUUUACUGACAGACUGAAGAUGAAUCCUCAGACUGGAGAUCUCACCAUCACACACAUCACAUCUGAACUAACUGGACUUUAUCAACUAGACAUCAUCAGUGAAAAGACAGAAACAAAGUCAUUCAGUGUCGGUUUGUCUCCUAAAGUAAAGAUAGUGAAAGAGAGAGAUUCUGUCUCUCUACACAUUGAUGUUACUGAAGAACAGGGAAAUGAGAAGAUACACUGGAAGAUCAAACACAACAACUCUCCUGUAGCUGAAAUCAUUACAGAGAAUAGAAAUAUCUCAACACCUUUUAUUGAAGAGAGAUUCAGAGACAGACUGAAGCUGGAUGAUCAGACUGGAGAUCUCAUCAUCACACACAUGAAGAAUGAAGACUCUGGACAGUAUGAAGCAGAUGUCACCAUCGGCAGCAUCACACACACUAUAAACAAGACAUUCAGUUUCACUGACUCAGCGAGAGAGAGAUACAGCGGUGAUGAAGUUGUUGGACCCUCCACAGCUCCAUCUUCAGGUCUGAUAGCUGGAAUAUGUGUUCCUAUUCUUGUGGUUCUUGUUGCUGUUGUUGGUGUUGUGAUCUACCGUCAGCGCAUAAUGAAAUAUCAGGUUUCCGACACAGGAGAAGAGGAGACAAAUGAACCUUUGAGGAAUGGAGACGCCAGCAAUGGUGAUGUGCCUCCAGUGUAACAUGAUCAACUUCACACACGAUUUCGGGGGAGGAUGACGUCACAGUGCUGAGGGGUUCUUGCCAGCAUAGCUCCCGAACUUCUCAACAACUUUAUUCGUGUUUUAAAUCGCCAGAAAGUGUGUUUGUCAACUGAAUUAGGCACUUUAUAGACGUAUCAACAUGUCUUGCAAGUAAGGAAGCACCUGUCAGUCGGAAAAGGGGCCGAAAGUCCAGCGAAAUCUGCGGAGCAGAACCGCCGAAGCUGAUGCACAAGAUUGCGGCACAUGUGAGUGUGGAUACCCGGGAAAGCUCACGCAAGAAGUUACGGAAUGUGUCGGCAAUAUUUUGGAGGAAAUUUGCGAGUGCAUUAGACGCGAGGGGAUGGAACAUAAGCUGAGGGAAUUCUAUGCGAUUCCCGGCACUUCUCUGCUUUACACACGAGGGCAGAAAGUACUCGUUCCAGAACCCGCAAGAGGCGCAGGCUUUCGUGUCCGGUUUGCCUUAAUUAUUUUGUGUUGUUGCUUCAAUACAGGACCAGCCGCCAGAUAGAGCAUUGGUUCUGUGGACAUGGUUUGUGUGGGGGAACUCUCACACUUUCGGUUCGUACAAAAGGCAUAUCAGUCUGAUUUACACUAUCGUGCCUAACUGUGAAACUGUUGAGUCCGAUUUAUGCUUCAUUACAAGUCAAGAUAAGUUGGUAAGUAUGGUAAGUUUUAGGAUGUUGGAUAUCUCGAUAUUGAGCUGGAUAGUUGCUGGUUCGCCUCUCAGCGUCAUUAACCCUGAACUCUUCUAUUAUCUUUCAUGGGUUGAUCGCCGGUUGGCGACAUGUUAUUUGUUCUUUUCUCUUUUUUGUACUUUUUUACUUUCUAUGGCUGAUAUUUUGCAGACCUUCUGUUGGUUUUGUAGAACAUGCAUUCAGUUGUGUCACUCACUUCCAAUUCCUGUCAUGUACUCUCUGCAGCUGGAGUAUACAGUCUUAUCUACAGCUAAUGCAUAUUUUUGGUCAAUCUUUAAGGUAUGAGUGAUAUUAAGAUUAAUUCGUUAAAUGUUAAUUGGGUCUACCAUGUUAUUACAAGGCAAAAAAAAAUUUCUUAUCUCAAAAAAGAACAGGCCUAGAUCGGUUUCCUUCAAGAGACACGAUUGACGUUUGAAGCUCAGGCGAGGAUGGGUCGGUCAGGCAUUUUUAUCUUCCUUUAAUUCUCACAGUAGGGGGCUGCGAUCCUGAUUCAUAAGAAGUUAAAUUUCAAACUUGAGGAGACGAAGAGAGAUGCGAGGGAACGUUACAUUCUAGUUGCGGGUCAGCUUUUUGGGGAAAGAGUGCUUGUUGGAAGUAUAUAUGCCCCUAACACUUUAUAUAUGCCCCUUACACCUAACCUUAGCCUGAAUUAAUUGCUGAUAUUUCAUCAUUUUCAGUUGAUCGAAUGCUUCUCGGGAAGUUUUCAAUUGUGUUGUCAAACCCGUGUGGGACUUAAGCCCACCAAAACAUAACAUUUCGAGACAAACCACUAGAUUGAAGCAACUUUGUGAGGACUUGGGCCUACUCGAUACAUGGAGAGUAAUAAACCCAAAAGAUAAAGAGUUUACAUUUUAUUCUCGACCACAUAAGAUGUCCUCUAGAAUAGAGUUUCUAUGCAAAUUUUGGACCGAGUUAAACGGUGUGAGAUAGACGUGUGCUCUAUAUCGGAUCACAAUCCAGUUUGGGCAUCCAUUUCCCCACCCUAUUAUGACUCUGCCUCCCGUCACUGGCGUUUCAAACCUGCUCUGCUAAGUGACCCAAAGUUUGUGGAGUUCAGCAUUAAAAUGACUUUUCUGCUGAAUGUGACGCUUGAGGUAAUCCAUCUUCCAUUCAGUCCACAUUUUUCCAUCUGACAACUCGCUGGCUACUUCGGCUUCGCAGCAUGUUUUGCAGAGGAGCCCUUUCUCGCUCGAAAAAGAAAAAAAUCUCAUCCAGUUUCACAUCUUGUUCUUCUGUUUGCACAUUCUCUGACAGCCAUUCCAUCUUAAAAGAACCACAUUUCUUUUUUACUUUGGCUUGGUGAGUGGAUGAGCCACUGCCCGUUCGUUUCGCCAUAGUAAAGGGUUAGCUAGCUUAACCUUUGCCGCCGCACCAUCAGCUAUAUGCUAAACUGUUAAACAGCGUCUCAUACGCAAAAAGCGUUGUUAACGACAUUGAUUGGCUGUGUAGUAAAUACGUGUGAGCCGCAUCAUGUCAUUGGCUGGACAAUCAUUGUUGUACUGUAGUUACCACUUGUUGUGCUAUAACCACUGAGCUACAGGAACUUCAGGAAAUCUCAGGUAGCCCAUUAAUCAUCAUGAAGUUCUCUUUCGCGUCUUGUAUAUGUUCUUGUCAAAAAGGUUUACAGGGCACAUUCUGCACAGGAACUUGCCUUAAAACGACAUUUUAUUAUAACUAUUAAAAGUUAAAUAGAUUUAAUUAGAAUGUAAAUAAACUGCUGGCAACUACUUGAAAAUUGUAUAACUUGCUUUUGUACUUUAGUUUGGAACUUUUCUGCUUUGUUGAACUUUAAAUUAAACCCUUUUUUAAAUA